AUGCGCUUCCUCCUAGCACUGUUGCUAUGGGGCUUGGCCGGGGCGGCAGCAACACCACCGCCCCGAGACGUCGCCGCCGUCUGCUCCACGCUCUACUCCAAAUACCCCGAGAACCUGGUAUGGGAUCCCGCCGGCACCCGGGGCUUCCGGACGGCCCAGAGGGCAGCCGUCUACAACGCCGCUCUCCUCGACUACUGGAACGUUGCCAGCGCGGCCAACCGCCCUGCCUGCGCCCUGUUCCCCUCCGACGCCGAGCAGGUUUCCUUUGCCGUCCAGACGCUCAACGCCCACCCGUCGGUCCCUUUUGCCCUCAAGGGCGGCGGCCACAACCCCAACCUGGGCUUCUCGAGCGUCAGCGGCGGCCUCUUGAUUGCCUUUCGGCCCAAGUCCCAGUUCGCCGUCCCCGCUCCGGACGGCGAGACUGUCCAUGUGGGAGCCGGUGCCAAGUGGGACAACGUCUACUCCGCUCUCCAACCCCUGGGCAAGACGGCUGUCGGGGGUCGCUUGAGCGAUGUCGGCGUGACCGGCUUCAUGCUUGGGGGCGGCCUCUCGUACCUCUCUGCCCAAUACGGUUUCGCCUGUGACAAUGUCGUCAGCUUCGAAUGCGUCUUAGCCAACGGCACCAUCGUCCAAGCCAGCCCCACGUCUCAUCUAGACCUGUUCUUCGCCCUCCGCGGCGGCGGCAACCAAUAUGCCAUCGUCACCAGCAUGACGCUCAAGACGUAUGACAUUGGCGACAACGGCAUCGUCUGGGGUGGCAUACGCAUCUACACGGCCGACAAGGCCUCCAAGAUCCUCUCGGCCGUGUCCAGCUUCACCGCCAACACCGAGGAUCCCAAGGCCGCCAUCAUCCCCAACUUCAUCUUCAUUGGCGCCGUCGGGGUCAACCUGCCAGUCGCACUCGUCUUUUUCUUUUACGACGGGCCAAGACCACCCGCCGGCGUCUUCGACGAGUUCAACGCCAUUCCUCACCUCGCCUCGGACACCGAGUCCAAGAGCUACCUGAGCCUUACCAGAGAAGCUCUGGGCGGUGACAUGAAAGGGCUCCGGUUCCAGAUCCGAGAAAACACGUUUCCCAACAUGCCCAUGCCCGCCAUGUUGUCCUUCCUCAACGACCACUUCCAAGAGGUCCUCAAGUUGACGACCGCCGGGGCGCUCGCCGACCUCAUCGACAUCAGGCUGCUGACCUUUGCCGUCCAGCCAAUGCCCCGCGGCAUCGCAGAGGCCUCCAGGAGGGUCGGUGGCGGCAACGCCCUCGGCCUCGUCCCGGGGCACGGAGACCGGUUAUGGAUCGAGUACGAUCUCGCGUGGACGAGUCCCCUGUGCGACAAGAAGUGUCCCGCCUUUCUCAAAAAGACGGCCGAGACGAUGCUCCGCCGGCACAAGCAAGAGUACGCCGACAUCCCCCCAACAAACUACGUCGGGGGCGAUCUUGGCUUUGCGAGUUACAAUCCAAUCUUCAUGAACGACGCCAUGGCCGAUCAAAACGUGUUGCAGAGUUACGGCGAUGGGACCUAUCAAAGACUCAAGGCUAUUCACCAAGACUAUGAUCCGGACGGCUUCUUCUCCACUCGGCAGGGCGGGUUCAAGUUUUCAACCUGA